AGAGUUAAAGCGGGAAAGGCCGACACUAAUAACAGCGCCACCAAACUUCGAAUAAACCCCGGCUCUCCAGUGGACCACAGCACCGGAUCCGAGCACUUCGGGCCCGUUCCUUCGUCGACGGUUGUCGAUACCCAAGCAAAGAAUGGUGUGAGGGCCACUCCAGCCAGAUGAUUGCGAAGCGAUACUUCCUGCAACCAGCCUCCAAGUGGCCAUGCGCUCACGUGGCUGCGUUCUGCAGGUGCGGAGUCUUGUGCUGCCUUCAGGUGGACACGGCGUGAAACACCGAAUGCCAGCGCAGAGUUCAUACCACAGAAGAGACAGGUGUAAGUGCAACAGCCGGGCAGCGGCCAGACGGACAGUCAUAAGGUGGCAACGACGGGUGUCCUCCCUCCUCCAUCUCAUCGGUGGGAGAGAGUGUGACAGAUCGGAACACGCUGCCGCCCGAGGCACGAGGCUCUCAGGUGGGCACCGGACCGAAGAAGCCAGCAGCUGCUGGCUGUGGCAGCCUAUUCCCAGGGUCGCACGACAUCGGCGCGCCUUGGAGGAAUCCGGGCGCCGAAAAUGGUGUCGGAGAAAGGACCGGAAGAAACUGGCGGUCGCUUUAGUGCUGGAAGCGUAGCGUAACGGGCCGCCGCCGGUGGGUGACCGUCGUCAUGGUGACGGGUGCGGAAGUGACGUAGCGGAACACCGCGAGUGCGGCCUUGGCCGCGUGGCCUGCCACGGCACGGGCCGGCGUCGCUAGCUCCCGCCGAAGCGAGUGGGUGUGUCCGUGUUCCCGAAUCCGGCCUCGUUGCCAAAUUAAAAGGCUGCCCCUGUUAUAAAGAAGCCACGUUAUUGUUUGUGCUGUCGUCAAUGUUCAAUUUGUCUUAUAGUGAUAUGUCUGCUGUCUGUAGUCUAGCGUUGAUUUGCCCGGAAUCACCGCCGUCGGCAGUGGAGUCUGUCGUAGCACGUUCUAUGCACAUAAGUAGGCGCAGAUAUGCUAGGUGCAGUGCCUCUAUUGUACAACCACGAUGACUAAUAUAAUAUGCACUUUACCAUUCAAUAACGGUUAACCAUCACGAGGCUAUUACAGUAUAUACCUAUAGGCGUAUACUGUAAUCGUGAACAACUUUUAUAAUAGUUGUUUGCGGUGGGAUAUGGGUGUCAUUUAGUCAACACACGUGAUUUACGGUGAGUACAAUGAUCGAGUGACCACUAAUCGUCCGUAAAAGCCAAGAGGCUCGCCAGUGUGAAAUAUCAGUGAACCAGAAAACGCGCUUAAAAUCUAAAUGCAACGAAAGAGCACAUGUUUAGGCACAAGAAGUAGUGCUCCAGAGUCUCGUUAGUUACCACUGUCACCACUCACGAAAUUUAG